GCUGCUGCGGCUCCUGUCGACUUGAUUAGUCGUGGCUGCUACGGGGCUGGACAGGAAAUGAGGAGCUGCGCCAGCCCAGCGCCAGGCGGUGUGUGUGCUGCGUGCGGACCGGCGGAGUGAGCGGCACCGGACGCGACCCUCGAGGCCAAGCCUCCGCAGCAGUGACUCUCGUCUAUAAACCCAGUGACCCGUGACCUCGCCCGUAGUCCAGAUGGAGCAGCUGUCCGAUGAAGAGCUUGACCAUGGCGCUGAGGAGGACAGCGACAAGGAGGACCAGGAUCUGGACAAGAUGUUUGGGGCCUGGUUGGGGGAGCUGGACAAGCUGACACAGAGCCUUGAUGAUGGCAAGCCCGACCAGCUGAGGAAGUCCCCGCUCCGCCAUGAGACGAACCUGGCAAACUUCUCUUACCGCUUCUCAGUCUACAAUCUCAAUGAGGCUCUUAGCCAGGGGGACGCGGUGGACCUGGAUGCUCUCAUGGCGGACCUUUGCUCUAUCGAGCAGGAGCUCAGCAGCAUGGGCUCCAAGUCCAACAGCAUGUCUAAACAGGAGCAGAAAACGCACCACAAGCCAGCAGCCGGGCGUCGGGGUGCUGCCAACAGCAGUAGCAGUGCCCGGGGGUCACCUUCCUCUUCGCUUCGCGGGCACCGGCCCAUGCAGUCCAACUUCUCCCUGGAUGACAUCACAGCCCAGCUGGAGCAGGCUUCCCUGAGCAUGGAUGAGGCGGCACGCCAGACUGGUUCGUCCCUGCCAUUGCCCACAAUGCAUCACCGGCGAACAGGGUCAGCUGGCACCGUGAGUGACGCGGAGGUGCGGUCCAUCAGCAAUUCUUCACGCUCGAGCAUCAACUCGGCUGCCUCAAGCAUGGACUCGCUGGACAUCGACAAGGUGCUUCGGCCGCAGGAGGUGGACAUUCAGCCUCAGCCCUCCACAGAGCAUGUUCCUCUGCGACGACCCAGGUGCCGUCUCGACUUCUCGGAAGACGAUGUGGAUCUGCACACACACUCCUAUCUGGACAGGGAAACGUCCCUGAUUCUGAAAAACAUUGCAGGGAAGCCUUCUCACUUGCUGACCAAGGAGGAGCAGGCGGCCAAGCAGAAGGCAGAGAAGAUCCGUGUGGCCUUAGAGAAAAUCAAAGAAGCUCAAGUCAAAAAGCUGGUGAUUCGGGUGCACAUGUCUGAUGACAGCUCCAAAACCAUGAUGGUCGACGAGAGACAAACGGUCAGGCAGGUGCUGGACAGCCUCUUGGACAAGUCUCACUGCGGGUACAGCCCUGAUUGGUCGCUGGUGGAGACCAUUUCGGAGCUUCAAAUGGAGAGGAUCUUUGAAGACCACGAAAACCUCGUCGAGAACCUCGUCAACUGGACCAGGGACAGCCAGAACAAGCUGAUGUUCAUUGAGCGAAUUGAGAAAUACGCGCUGUUCAAGAACCCUCAGAACUACUUGCUGGGCAAGAAAGAAACUUCAGAAAUGGCCGACCGGAACAAGGAAGCCUUGCUGGAGGAGUGCUUUUGUGGCAGCUCUGUCACCGUCCCAGAGAUCGAGGGGGUGCUGUGGCUGAAGGAUGACGGCAAGAAGUCGUGGAAGAAGCGCUACUUCCUGCUGCGCGCGUCGGGCAUUUAUUUUGUCCCUAAAGGCAAGGCGAAGGUCUCGCGUGACCUCGUCUGCUUUCUCCAACUGGACCACGUCAACGUUUACUACGGGCAGGACUUCCGGAACAAGUACAAGGCCCCCACCGACUACUGUCUGGCGCUCAAGCACCCUCAGAUUCAGAAGAAGUCGCAGUACAUCAAGUACCUCUGCUGUGACGACGUCCGCACUCUGCACCAAUGGGUGAACGGCAUCCGCAUCGCCAAGUACGGCAGGCAGCUCUAUGCCAACUACCAGGAUGCCAUGAAGAAGACGGAGGCGGCCUACGAGUGGUCAUCGCUGUCCAGCUCCAGCAUGAAGUCCGGCCUGAGCUCAUCCAGUCUGCCCGAGUCGGAUGGCAGCCUGCCCGAUUGCCUGCCCGCCAGCCACGUGCGCUCCCAGAGCAUCGUCAGCUCCAUCUUCUCGGAGGCCUGGAAGCGGGGGACUCAGAUGGAGGAGAUCAGCAAGGUUCGCUUGGACUCCAUCAGCAGACCCCACUCCUCUCAGCUGCCACUGCCGGCCCCCCAGUCCCGGGUCAACAUCUCCCAUCUUCCACCUCAACCUUCCCCUCCUCCGCCCCCACCCCUCCUCCACCCCGCCCCUCCCCCAGUGCCCCCAUCAGAUCUCCCCAACAUGUUUGUCAAGUACAGCACCAUCACCCGCCUGCAGAACGCCUCCCAGUCACGAGCCGCCACGCGCCCCAGAAGCCCCUCUGUCCGUCCCCACCGGGCUGGCGUGCCACCUCCCCACCCCGCCUCCCCACCACCUCCCGUGCCAGGCUCGGCCAUGGCGGUCCUCAAGCCGGGACCCCCAAGCCCCGCCCCACCCCAGUUCACCCCCCCUCCGCCUCCCCAGAAGUUUCAGAGUAACGGGAUUCAAAUGGCUCCGCCUACCAAGUUCAGCAGUCUGACCUCUUUGGGGGUGGAGCCGCCCUGCCCCGCCCCUUCCGGCCCCUCUCCCUCCUCCUCCUCCACCUGCUCCCCGCCCCUGCCAAACCUUUUCACGGAGGCCCUCCCCGCAGACGGCCCCUAAGCCCCCACACCCAGCUUUAUUUCGACCUUGGCACCAGCAC